GAGAGAGAGAGAGAGAGAGAGAGAGAGACGAACAGCGAGAAAGUCUGAGCGAAACUGAAGGAAAGCGCUUUUAAUAAAAACGGUACUUCGAUAUACACACCUUCGGGACUUUUCAGAAGAGAAAAGAAAAUGGACCGGCAAUAUUUGUUGUUGAAUACAUUUUAAUACUUUUUGGGGAAAAGGGCGUUUUAAAAGCACACAAAUAAAAAGACAGACAGACAGAAGGAAACACGGGGAAUAAGAAGAGAAAUUCUCGGGGUUGUGUGUUACCUCACAAGAAACGACACCAUUGUAACACACGAGAAGAGAAAUACGUGUUUUUUGUUCAAGAUUUCACAGAAACUGAAAACUUCGUCACCCGAGCAAGGAUUGAAAAAGUUACAACACAGCCGAUAUUUAAAAAAAUGACUUUAUUUACAUCGCAGGCCGCGGUUUUACUAAUCCCAGUUAUUAUCCCCGACGAUAAUUCAAUUUAGCGUUACCAUGGGAACACACGCGCAUUCGGUAUAGACUGAGUUUGCGCGGCAAACUAAACACAACAAAAUCCUACCGAUCAACUCGUUUUUUUUUAUCAAGGAAGUUUUGAAAACUGUACAAAUCCUUUUUUCGGUUGCUAUUUUAUAAAAGGAAAUGGUUCGCUUUUCUGUGGGCAAUAUCUCUUUCCAAUGAAGCCUGCCGGGGGCGAUGUAAAUACAAAAGCUAUAGAAUUAGCCUAUAUGAGGUAGCGUUUUGUUUUGUAAUCAUACAGCCCUUUUAUAAUGACUAUAAAUACAGUUUUAUGUACUUACAGAUACAAUUGUGCACCCAUGUCAAUAAAAUAACUUACAGGAGACUCUGUGGUCCAGUGGUUAAAGAAAGGGGCUUGUAACCAGAAGGUCCCCAGUUCAAAUCCCACCUCAGCCACUGACUCAUUGUGUGACCCUGAGCAAGUCACUUCACUCCUUGUGCUCCGUCUUUCGGGUGAGGCGUAGUUGUAAGUGACUCUGCGGCUGAUUGCAUAGCUCACACACCCUAGUCUCUGUCAGUCGCCUUGGAUAAAGACGUCUGCUAAAUAAACAAAUAAUAAUAAUAAUAGUGACGUGGCUAUAUGAUAGGCGUUCUAUAGACCGAAGCUAUAUAGUGAAUUUGGAUAAAAGCGUCUGUUAAAUUUCUGAUUCAUAAUUACAUAUAGAUGAUUCAAGGCUCUUAUAAAGCUAGUCCAAAUUGAUCAUAUAUAUAUAUAUAUAUAUAUAGAUAGAUAGAUAGAUAUCUAGAUAGAUAGAUAGUGUUGCUAUAUACAUGACUGUAGCGCGCAGUGCGCGGUGGGUUUUUAUGUAAAGGUCUCUCUCUCUCUCUCUCUAGGGGGCGAUACACUUAUCUGUAUUACACCGGAGCAUCGCUGUCAUUAACAAAUUGGUUUGACUAAUAAAACAGAGGGUUGCUUUAGCUAACCUUGCGAUAGGUUUCUCACCGGAGUGCCGUGUUGAAAAAAAAACACACAUACAAAGACACUCGGAUAAUUAAAGGAUUCGUCUUGGGGAGCUGUUUCCAGGACGAGUUUCAUUUGAUUAGGUUUCUUUUUAACAACUUUAACAAGAUUUGUGGCACCGCGAAAUCCUUUUAGGAUCGCUAUAAUGUGAUUUAAAAGUCAGCCACUCUUCUGUAUGGUUUUCUACUAGCGGGACAGCGGGACUGGUUGACCCGUGGAGAGGCCUCCGAGACACUUAGGAGCAUUGGAGAAGCUGCAGUUAUAGUAUUUUUUUUUUAUUUGGUGUGUGUUAAUGGUGUUUUAGAAGCCAUGGGAACGCUCCGCCGCACUGGCAGAACCGGACAACUUUAAAAGGGACUGGGAAACUCGUUAAAUACGGAUUUAUACUGGGAUUUUUAAACCGACGUUUUUAUCAAUUCUAAUUCCAACGAAGGAGUGUCCCCAACCGUUUGAGACACAGAACCACACGGGCAAACCAUUUCUAGUCGGCGGAACCAGCUAUAACUUAGACUCACGCACAAACGAACGCUCUCGUUUCUUUAGGUAUAAAAAAGCGGCUGCUUUGAAAUUCUGAGCAGUGGUUCGGCUGGGUCGUGCUGGACCGGACUCUGUGUCUGCGCUCGUCCGUUCUGUACACAAACGGAUUGGAUUUGAGAUCUCUGUUUCGAACUCUUCUGAGAGGAGAGCUCGAUGGAAUAAUUCAUAGUAAUCAUAACAAUAAUAAUAAUAAUAAUAGUAAUAGUAUACUGAAACCAGAAAUGGCAGUUUUCAGGACGCUGUUUCCCACUUUCCUCGGAUUGCUGUCGUGUUUAUCGAGGCGAGGGCUUUCUGAAUCCACUCCGGUACCGACACCCCCGGAUGAGAGCACGGAGAUGGUGGAUUGGCUGAUGCGGUAUGGCUAUCUCCCGCCCCCUGACCCCUCCACUGGUCAGUUGCAGACGUGGGAGGCGGUCACUCAGGCCAUCAGGAGCAUGCAGAGGUUCGCUGGGAUCGAGGUGACCGGAGUUAUGGACGGAGAGACCCUGGCGUUGAUGAACACACCUCGAUGUUCCUUACCCGAUAUCACCGGGGAGGGGGGUCUGAGCGCUCCGGGGAGAGGAAAGAGGAGGAGAAGGAGGAGACGUGAUGCGGGACAGGGCUGGCCAAAGAGAAACAUCUCCUGGAGGGUGCGUUCGUUCCCCUCCCCCUCCUCUCUCUCCAGGGAGACUGUGCGUUCCCUUCUCUUCUACUCUCUCCGCGUGUGGGCGGAGUCCACAGCGUUGGAGUUCCACGAGGUGGGCGUGACCGGGGAGGCGGAGCUGCAGGUGGACUUCCUGCGCGGUUCCCACGGCGACGGCUUCGCGUUCGACGGGCCGGGCGGGGCAGUGGCUCACGCCUUCUUCCCCUCCGACCCUCGGAGAGCUGGAACCGUUCACUUCGACCGGGACGAGAACUGGACCUUCAGAGCCCCCGAAUCCCACGGGACGGACCUGUUUGCGGUGGCGGUCCACGAGUUUGGCCACGCCCUCGGGCUCUCUCAUUCGUCGUCGCGCCGGUCAAUCAUGCGGCCGUACUAUCAAGGUCCGGUCGGAGACCCUCUGCAGUACAGACUGAGCUCUGAAGACCAGAGGCACAUAAUACAGAUCUAUGGUGAAAGAGAACCCUACACAGAAACACAGGGACCCGAAUCCACCGGCCCACCUGCGUUACCUGAGCAGCCCAAAGCAGCGCCGGCCGCCAGGAUUCCCAGCGACGCGCCAGACCGCUGCUCGACCAGCUUCGAUGCUGUUGCCGUGAUCCGGGGAGAAACGUUCUUCUUCAAAGGACGAUAUUUUUGGAGGUUGACCCAUUCGGGACAUCUCUCCUCCUUCCAGCCGGCCCAGAUCCACCGAUUCUGGAGCGGACUGCCGGCCGGACUGGACUCUAUCGACGCAGCCUACGAGCGAGCCAGCGACCACAGGAUCGUCUUCUUCAAGGGUUCACAGUACUGGCUCUUCAGGGGCCUGACUCUAGAAGAGGGGUCCCCUCGUCCCGUCUCUGAUUUCGGACUGCCCCCCGGGUCGGUGAUCGAGGGGGCUCUGUCCUCUCCGCUCGACAGGAAGACCUACCUCCUGCAGGGGGCGCUAGUGUGGAGGUUCGAUGAGGAGAGCGGGGCGAUGGACCCGGGGUACCCCGUCGGGAGGCAGAGCUGGAGGGCAGCGCCAGAGGAAGGGGGCGUCGAUGACGUCAUGAGCGACCAAGAGGGUUCAGUCUAUGUCUUCAAAGGUCUCCAGUACUGGAAAUUCCUGUCUCAAGACUCCGCCCCCCAGCCUGGCUACCCCCAUUCCACUGCAGCCGAUUGGCUAGACUGCCCUGACUCCUCGCCCUCCGCCUCAGACAGCGUCUCAGCAGCUCCCCCUAGAGUGAGACAGGAGCACCGAGAAGUUCCUGGCAUUGACAGAUGCUCUUGCCUUAAACAGACAGCAGGGGGCAGUGUGACUCUCUCCCCACACUGGACAGUAAUCUCUGUACUAAUUGCAGCCUGGGCUAAACUAAUUCUCUGAAUGCUUUUGAAAUAUAACCAGGUCUUUAACAUUUUAACUCUGGGUUUCCUAACCCUGGUCCUAGGGGAGCCCUGUGUGUGUGGAGUAGUGGUUAGGGCUCUGGACUCUUGACUGGAGGGUUGUGGGUUCAAUCCCAGGUGGUGGGACACUGCUGCUGUACCCUUGAGCAAGGUACUUUACCUAGAUUGCUCCAGUAAAAACCCAACUGUAUAAAUGGGUAAUUGUAUGUAAAAUUAAUGUGAUAUCUUGUAACAAUUGUAAAUCGUCCUGGAUAAGGGCGUCUGCUCAAAAAUAAAUAAUAAUUCCAACUGAAUUAAACCUUUUUAGUUCUCCGCUCUUAAAAAGUUGCCAAUUUAACUCUAAAACUGCAGAGUUAACUUGAAAUCUCCAACCGUUUAAAAGCUGAAAACAAUUCAAAAGGUCUGUUGAAGCUAAUGGAUAGUGCAGUGAAGGGUCUAGUGAAGUUAUUGAGAGCUCAGUUGGAAUGAAAACUAGCAGACGCAUACAGGGGGUCCCUAGGACUGGGGUUGUGAACCCCUGCUUUAACCCUUUACAGUCCAUUUAUUAAGUGCGCGUCAGGCGCGUCAGGUCCAAUUUAUUUUCACACAGGCAUUUAAUUUUAUACGUGCUGUUUAAAAGUAUUUUUUUUCACAGUCAAACGGGUUUAAAUGGCCCUGCAUAUCAACAAAGCACUUAUUAGGCAUCUCCAGCCCCGCCCCACCCUUUUGUUCGCUGUCGCUUUCACAUAUGCUAAGAAAUAAAUAAUAAUAAUAAUAACAAUAACAAUAACAAUAAUAAUAAUAAUAAUAAUAAUAAUAAUAAUAAUAAUAAUAAUAAUAAUAAUAAUAAUAAUAAUAAUAAUAGUUGUACAUACCGAUCAAUCAUCUCCUGAUCUGCAAAUGUCCGUGAUAUUCUCUGAGCGCUGAUGCAGUCACAGCCAGCUUGUUUCCUUAUGGCCGCCCCUAUCUGAUGCCAGGGGCAAGUAUGACGAUUCAUGAGAUACACCCUUUUUUUCGGCUUUGGACCGGAUAGGAAUUUGCAAUGUCGGACCUGACCGCAAAGGGUAAAGGUAGAAGGUGGCAGACAGCCAUGGACACUCGUUCACUGUGCAGCUCUGGAAUUUUAGGAUUGAAACUUUUUUUUAACACAUUUUUACCUUUCAAACACAUUUUUUUAUUAUUUUUUAUUAUUGAUAAAUAGGAUACUUUGAAGAAGCUUCUGAAUGGCAGUGAGUGUCUGAGUGUCAAAUAGGUGGCGAAUGUAUUAAAAAUCCUGUCAUUGUGUUUUUUUAAAAACUCUGGUUCAUUUUUUUUAAUAUCAAAUGAAGCAACAAUAAUGGUAAAGUGUAUAAUCAUUGUUUUCUUUCAAUAAAACUAUUUUUUUAACAAAAAUAUUCAACUUGUUCUGUUAAUUAGGAGGCUGUGUGAUCCAGUGGUUAAAGGCAAGGGCUUGCAGCCAGGAGGUCCCCAGUUC